GCUUCUAAGAAGAGUAUUGACUAUGAGGAGGCCCACAUGUUAGUCAGUUUUUAGUAAUCCCACCGAAGAAAAUGAAGCCGCGUUUCAGCUUUUCCGAUCCUUUUCCCACCACUGUUGGCUGAAUGAGAAAUGGUCGUGUGAUUAUGCUGACACCCCAGCAUGCAUUUGGUAGACCUGUGGUUGACUCGUUCCCUCUCCAUGUGUCUGCUCUUACAAAGUUUUGUCCUCAUGAUACUGUGCUUUCAUUCUGCCAGUAUGUGCCCGAAAGGUUGCCUCUGCUCUCACUCCGGAGGUCUGAACGUCAGCUGUAGCAACGCGAACCUCAAGGAAAUACCCAGAGAUCUUCCUCCAGAAACAGUCUUACUUUAUUUGGACUCCAAUCAGAUAACGUCUAUCCCCAACGAAAUUUUUAAGGACUUGCACCAGCUGAGAGUCCUCAAUUUAUCAAAAAAUGGGAUUGAGUUUAUAGAUGAACAUGCCUUUAAAGGGGUGGCAGAAACCUUGCAGACUCUGGAUUUGUCCGACAACCGGAUUCAAAGCGUGCACAAGAACGCCUUCAACAACUUAAAGGCCAGAGCCAGAAUUGCCAACAAUCCCUGGCACUGUGACUGCACCCUGCAGCAGGUGUUGAGGAGCAUGGCCUCCAACCACGAGACAGCCAAUAACGUCAUCUGCAAGACUUCUGUGCUGGAUGAACACGCUGGGAGACCAUUCCUCAACGCUGCCAACGACGCUGACCUCUGCAACCUUCCCAAAAAGACUACCGAUUAUGCCAUGCUGGUCACCAUGUUUGGCUGGUUCACCAUGGUGAUCUCAUACGUGGUUUAUUAUGUCCGGCAAAAUCAGGAGGACGCAAGGAGGCACCUUGAGUACUUGAAAUCCCUGCCAAGCAGGCAAAAGAAACCAGACGAAGCUGAUGACAUUAGCACUGUGGUAUAGUAUUCUGAAUACAGUGACUGCCUUUGCGGUGGAAAACAGAUUUGGAUGACACUAAAACCAGAGGUUUACUUCUAACCUUCAUUGUAAACAUCAAGACUUUUGGGAUUUUUUUCUGUUUAACUGAAUUAUGCCACUUUGGAGCUUUCUGACAGAAAGUUUUGUCUGGGUGGUGUACGUUAAUUAUUUCUCUGGUGGUAUCCUAAAGCAAGUGAAUUAAUAUGUAAACAUUAGUUUAGACCCAUUCCACUAUUUAAUAACGAAAUUUAUUUUUUUAAUUUAAAAACCAAAUAAAAGCUUAAAUUUGAACCAUGUAAAA